AUGGGUCCCAUGAUGAGGUGUGAUUGUGGCAAAGAGACUCGUCAAUUACCCUGUUUGAUCACCCCAUAUGAGGAUGGGUGGAGAUGCAAGUCUGAAUGUGGUGUCAAGUUGUGUGAUAUGGGCCAUGAAUGUCAACGAGGAUGUCAUGAUGGGUUCUGUGGUUUGUGUGAGCAAACUAUCGAGAUGAAGUGUUAUUGUGGCGACAAGGUCCUUUCCAUGAAAUGUUUUGAGAAGGAUUUGAGACUAUGCGAGGAUGGAAGAAUUGGAAUUGGUAGUUGUGGAAAUACCAAGCAAGUCUUUUAUGAUUGUGAUGUGCAUUACGAAACGGUCGAGUGUCAACCAAAUGUAUCCGCCAAGCUCAAGUGUAAGUUCUCGCCAGACUUGAUCACUACUUGUUAUUGUGGGAAGACCAGGGUUGAUGCCGGGAAUAAAAGAACGAAAUGUACUGACCCAGUUCCUGAAUGUUCUAAUGUCUGUGGGAAACUCUUGCCAUGUGGUUGCACCUGUCGAUUCAAGUGUCAUAGUGGAGAGUGUGAAUGCACCACCAUCAAAGAAAUCAAAUGUCGAUGCGGUCAUGAAUCUUACCUUGCCCCAUGUAAGUUUAUCCAACUGGGAACCCAACCAGAGUGUGAUCACAAGUGUUCAGUAUUGUUAAACUGCAGAAAGCAUUACCAUAGGGAGAAAUGUUGUACCUAUGAACAAGCUGGACUUGAACGUGAACGAAGCAAACGAAAGGCUAUUAGGAACAACCUCCGAACAAACUUUCAGGAUGAUAUCAUGUCCAUUGAAGCAGUGCAUAUUUGUACUCGUCCAUGUAAUCGUUUCAAGGCUUGCGGCAAACAUGAAUGUCAAGCAUUGUGUCACAGUGGACCCUGUGAUGUAUGUUUAGAGUCAACCAAUGAUGAUUUGGUUUGUAAUUGUGGGAAAACAGUUAUUCCUGCCCCAGUUAGAUGUGGAACCAAAUUGAUCUGUCAUGAACAAUGUGUUAGAGAGACCAGUUGUGGCCAUAGACCAGAACGUCACGAGUGUCACCCUGAUGAUGUGUCGUGUCCUAAAUGUACUGUUUUAGUGAAGAAGAUGUGUGAUUGUGGAGCUAAAGAAAUACCCGGUGUUUUAUGUUCUCAAGAGAGAGUAUCCUGUGGAAAAAUCUGUACUGUUCCAAAAGACUGUGGACACCCAUGUACUAGAACGUGUUCGCCAAAGUGUACUAAAGAAGAUGUCCAUCUUGAUUCUUCUAGUUGUCAAUCUUAUUGUAAGAAGGUUAGAACCAAUUGUCCUCAUUUGUGUAAAUUAAGGUGUCAUUUGAACAAACCAGGCAGGAGCCCCAACUGUGAUGUGGUUAAAUGUACUGAAAAUGUCGCUGUUCGUUGCGAGUGUGGUCAUUUGGAAAGAACUGUCAAAUGUGGAGCAACUGUUGAUGAACCCUCCAUUAUUGGUACAAUUUUGGAUUGUGAUGACACAUGUGCAGCUGCCAAGCGAGAUGCUGCUUUGAGAUCUGCAUUUGAUGUUAGCGAGUCUCCCGAACCAGACGUGAUUAUUCCUUAUUCGGAUAUAGUUACUAAAACAUUCAACAGGCAAAGAACAUGGUGCAGCCGUAUUGAGAAAAUUGUACGCAGUUUUGUUCAAGAUUAUAAAACGCAAUUAGAGAAUGGCGAAUCACCAAGGAGAACUUAUCACUUUGAUCCGAUGUCUUCUCCUCAACGUCAAUUUAUCCACGAACUAGCCAGCGCUUACAAACUCUACUCUGAAUCACAGGAUCAAGAACCGAAACGUUCAGUGUAUCUUGUGAUAACCAGGUUGUCACUCGUUCCUGAAAAGACCAUCGAACAAGCUAUCAUUUAUCAAGAAGCAAUCGAGGCGGAAAGGCUCAGAGAAGCAGAGUUGAAACAGAAUGAUAUCAAUGAGGCAUUAUUCAAUGCGAUAGUCAUACAAGAUGUGUUCUUUGGUGUGGUAAAAGAAGACUUGGAAUCUCAGUUGAUGGAGCUAGUGCAAAAGUACAAGAUUGAGAGUCCUGUAUUCCAAUGGAUUAAGGAUUCUACAUUUGUAUUCUACUCGACUGAUUGGGUUAAGAAUAUGGAUGUGGAUCAGGAAAACAAAUUGUAUUUAUUGCUGAAGGGGUUUAAGAAAUUGGUACGUGAAAGGUCAUUAGCAUUUGAUUGUAAGCUAUGCCUUAUUGACGAUAGUACCAAUUAUAUUUUAAAAGUUGAAACAAAAGAGGCAUCCGAGCCAAGAGAAGAACUUGCUCCCAAGAGUAGUAAUCCUAAGAAUGGAUUUGAGGUGCUACAAAAUGAUGAAUUAUCUAUACAGGUGUAA